AUGGCAAGAACACGAAGUAACCCAACCGGCCGGCCCCCUUAUCGACCGCCUGCCCGUCGCUCCUCUCGCUGGACUGUCGCCGGCGAAGCAUCAUCCGCCGCUCCAGUGGCAACAUCAGUCGGUUCGUCGAUGCCUUAUUCAACGCCCCUCUCGCCGGACCCCAUUACUUUUGCUCCGCCGGCAAGACAUCCAACAACCACCGGCGCCGGUCAAUCAUCUUCCGUGCGGGUCGACUUUGAUGAGUACCAUGUCGUCGUCACUUCGGUUAGUGUAACUCCAUCUCCUCCCCUAUUUACUACUAUUUUCACCCAGUCCACCAUUAUUCACAACACCACCACCACCAUCGGCGCCGCCAAUGCCUCCAAUAAUCCUGAGGAUUUAUUCCCUUUUUCUGUUCCUGAGUCUGUUGAAGAAACACCACAGCAACCCCCUGAGACUCAAACAGAACAUGAACUUCCUGUUGAAGAAAUACCGGUCACUGUCCCCAGUGGGCAGACUGUGAGCACAGACACCUCUUCGGGAAGUAUUGAAAGUGCAAGUUCAGAGUCUGUUAUGCCUCAGCCAUUACCAAAACCAGUGCCUGAAGACAGUGACUAUGAGGAUGAGAUGGCCGAGGACUUAGAACAUGCUGAGGAUGUGGCCGAGGAUGUUGAGGAACAAGAGGAAAGGGAGGAUUUUGAAGAAGAAAUUCAAGAGGAGGAGGUUUUGGAAGUCAGUAAGCCAAAACCUUCUAAAAAGAGGAAGGCAGCAACAAAGCAGAAGAGACAGCAAACACCAAAGAAAAAGAAAGAAAAAGUGAUACCAUUUCAAGAGAGGUACAACYGUAUCAAAAACAAUAAAAUUCUUUUAGAACGAGCCUUUGACCCCCGGUUGGUCAACUCUUUUAUGGCUAUCAGACACCAUUUGGUGGCUUUGCGGUGGGAUAAUUUGGUGUUGCCCCUUUACGGGCCAAUGUAUUUUGGGUAA